AUGCUCGCCCCGCUGGCCACCUGCUGCCUGCUCCCAGAGCCACUGCAGCUGGAGCUAGGUCCCCUAUCCUGGCCCUUCCAAGCCUUCCAGGAGCCCAAGGCCAGUGCCCCAGCCACUGCCCCUGCUGGUGGCUCCCAGCCAGCCCUGGGAGAUCCCCAGGCCUUUGCUCCUAACCCUGCCAGGCACUCUGCCAUGCCCUGCCCUGCCCUGCUGUUGCCCAAGCUGGAUCCCCCCGGUGCUGUCCCCACAAGGCUCUUCUCGUUCUUCCUGUCUUGCACAGCACAAACCAGCAGCCCCUCAGCCUACUUCAAUUCGACGUCUAGAGAGGUGACCACCAGCAAUCCUAGCGCUGACCUCAGCCACCUCCUGGGACCUUGGAGUGGUGUGAUGUGCCGGACUCACCUAUGCUCACUUGUGUUGGCCAGUGCUGGUGCAUGCUGGCUGGUGCUGGCUUAUGCUACCCGUGCUGGCCGGUGCUGGCUUGUGCUGACCGGUGCCAGGAUGCAGGCCGUGGGCCUGGUAGAUGCUGAGCAGCUCAUGGAGGACGGUUCUGGGGGCUCAGGUAGUGGUGCUGGAGAAACCCAGGUACUGUGUUCCCAGGAGGUGCCCUGCUCCAUGUUAGCCUCAUCCAGAGAUGGCUUCCGCCUGCCAGUCUGGAGGUCCAACCGCCUUUCACCCAAGGAGGAGCAAGAGUUGGAGCUUGAUCACUCGGACUUGGGGUUCAUGGGAGAGUUGUGGAAUAAGCAUCCACCCUGGGCAGGCGCACUGGUCAGCAAGAUCAGGACCAUGGAGGUCAUGGAGCAGAGCCUGGCACUGCAGACCAUCUGCCGCUGCCUGGAUGAGUACAGCCAGAACCCAGAGAAGCAGCAGGUGUCAAACAUGGACAGUGCCUUGCCGAAGCUCCUGGACCUCCUAGGCCUGGACCCCAAGAAGGCUGAGGAGAGGGGCGUCCUCUUCUGCCUCUAUGGGCUGAUCCUGUGCGAGUGCGUCUCCUCCGAGCAGGUGGAGCGCCACCUGGCCUGCCUCCUGGAGCUGUCUCACCAGCCCUCCAGCCAGCGCGAGGGCAUUGCACUGGCCGUGGGCCUGGCCUCUACCAAGCACCUGAAGGAGGUGUGGGCCCUGCUGGAGCACCUGGGCCGCACCAGGUUCCUAAGGGCUGUCUUCACAUCACCAGAGCCCCACCAGGAUGAUGUCCUGAAAUCUAGCUUCCUUCUGUCGGCCAUCUUGCUCACUCGAGCCCUGAGACGGGAGUCUGGCGCCCAGAGCUACAAGUUCACUCAGAUCCCUGAGCUCAUCCAAUGCCUGCUGUGCAUGCUCCAGAAGGAACCAAACUUCCUGGCCUCGCUCUUCCAGCAGAAGAUCAUGCUGGUCAUCCUGGCCCUGAGCAACCUGCGGCCCAGCCUCAAACCCAUGGUCAAGUCCAAGGUCCUGCAGACCUGCCUGCGGAGCUUGUACCUGCUGCCCCCCACAGAGUCACUGAGGAGCAUCCUGCCACCGCUGGAGCCAGUCCCUGAUGUCAUGAUGCUGUACAAGAAGACGGAGCACGCCCUUGACCUGCUUCUCCAGAACUUUGUCUCUGAGAACCCAAGCAUGGAUGAGGUCUGCUUCCUCUUACAGCACAUGGAGCCCUGGCUGAAGUCGGAGAAGAGCCACGAGCGCAAGCGAGCGGUGCAGUCCAUCUUCCUGCUCCUGCAACACGUAGUGGACAAACUGAAGCUUGCCGAAGAGGCCAUGCCCUCUGUGCUGGGCCACCAAAUAGGACUGCUGACUCUGCUGUGGCAGGACAAGGAUGAGACCACCCGGUGCCAUGCUCACCAGUGUGUCUUUCUUCUCCUCCAGCUCGUGGUUCAACAGAAGGGGAUGUUGGUGGAAUCUACGCGAUGGAAUAAAAUAAGGAACCUUGACACCAGGGCCUCCAAAGAAUUGGAAAUGAAGCUAUAUCACACGGUGAAGGCCUUCGAGGAGGACCUGACAGUGGCGCAGCACACACAGCUGGUCCUCACGCUGCUGCACAGCCUCUGCAGCUGCAGCCACCUGCGCUGUGACCUGGCCUGCAAGCUCCUCCAGUUGAUCUUCAGCGAGCCCAGCAUCAGGCCAGAGCAGGUGGCUGAGAUCCUCCACAGCCUGUUCCAGGAGCUGCCAAGCAUCCAGUUCAAGAGCAUCCAGCAGACCAUGAUGAAAGCCAUCACGGAUCUGGGUACCCAGCACACCCAGGAGGUGGUUGAGGUGAUCAUGUCCCUGUGCCACCCCUCGGAGAGGCGGCUUCUACCCCUGUGGAAGGCCCUAGCUGCCCACCGCCGGCUGGCCCAAAAGGUCAUAACCCUGCUGUACAUGAAGCUGAAGCUGCGGCCUUCCAGAGAGCUCAUCCGGCCCCCUCAACAGUCCCAGCUCAUCUCCCUACUGGCCCUGGGGACCAUUUAUGAGCUCCUCUACACCCAGGAGUACAGAGACACCAUCCGUUGGGCCUUUGCUGGCAUUCUCCUGGGCCUGCUCACACAGCUUCACUACCUGUUUGAGCUGGGCAUGGUAGAGGGCAUCUCGGACUACCAGGAAGAUAUCCUGGAUGCCAAGCCUCUUGGACCCUGCAGGACCUGCCUGGAAGCGCUGAAGGGCCUUUUCUGGACUACCCAGUACUGGGAGGUGUUUGCCCAUGUCAAGCUGCUCGAUGGUUGGAAGCUCUUUGAGCACCUGGAAACCUACACUGAAGGAGUGACCCUAUUGGCCAGGGCCAUGGCCCACUACGACUGCGAGAUCAAGGCUGUCUUGGGGCAGGCUGUCAUCUUCCUGAAGAACACUGAGGAGCGGGACAACAUCAUAGCCAUCCUCAUCCUCACAGAGUUUCUCAACAGUCCAAAGGUCGCUCAGCACAUGUCUCGGAAGGUCGUGAGCAACUCCCUGAACCAGGGCCUACGUAACCCCAACAAGUUGGUGCAGGCCAUGAGCCUGAAUGGACUCAGCAGCAUCCUGGUGCACCCCAAGAAGGCGACCCUGCUCCAGAAUCAUCUGAUGGGGCUGCUGGACAGCUUCCUGCAGCCCAAGCCGACGGACCUCCUGGGCCUAAUGGAAAUCCUGGGUGACCUCAUGCACCGCCUGAGCGUCCAGGUCGUGGGUGCCAUCAGCCUCAAGAUCGCCCAGCACCUGCUGCCCCUGUUCGAGGAUGAGAGGGCAGAAGUGCGAGGAGGCGCCAUCUUCCUGUUCGGGAAUGUCAUCCACAAUGGUGGCAAGAAGUUUCAGCAGGCGCUCAAGACCUUGACUUCCCAGGCUCUGGUGCCCCUGCUCUUCCACCUGGCUGACUCCUGCCCCAAAGUGAUCAUGAAGGCCAAGUUCACCUUCCUACGCUGCGCCAUCUUGAUGAAGUGGGAGUUCCAGAAGGAAGUGUUCAGCAAGUUGGCAUGGGGCCAAGGGCUGGGUGCUGAGAACGACAUUUUUAUCUACAUGGUGGAGAGCAACUUUGGUAGCUACCAACGAUUUCUGAUGCAGGCCUUCACCUAUCUGGGCAGCCCCCACACCACCCUGAAGCUGGCAGCCAUGAAAUUCAUUGGGGGCAUGCUUCAGGACUACUUCACUGAACUCUGCUUCUGCUUGAAGAAGGACGACAUGAAAAUCCUUAAGAAACAGUUGGAGAACCUCAGCAAUGACCCGGACUCUACAUGCCGCAGGUUUUACCACAAAUCCUUGGAGGACAUCAUGGAACUGUCCUACUAUGUGACCUGAGCCACAGGGUCAGUCAUCUGCCUGGCUUGUCCCCAUCUGUCCUUGCCCUCAUCCUGUCCUUGCCAUCUUUGUUGAGUUCUAUCUUUAUUAAAA